GUUAAACGUGUAAAUUACGCCCCUACUGUUCGAAAACUACCAAGUCUCCAGAAUCUGCCAACAUUAAGCUUAGACAAUCCAGAUCCAGGAAGACCAAGUGUAGAAUACACAGAUCCCGUGUUUGAAGACUUCAAUAAAAAUUCCUUGGGCAUGAUAGUGAUAUACGCCCAAACAAGUGAAUUUGGUCAGUGGGAGAUAAGAACUCCGAAAAGUGAAAAAUGGGAUCCUCUAUUAACUGGAAAAUCUUUCAUACCUAACACUUAUAAGAUGGGAUUUAUAUCUGGUGAAAAGUUUUGUUUGCUUCACAACUUGAGAAUGAAGAGCUACAAGCCUGUUCUGCUUAAUGCAACAGACAAGUUGAGGUUUCAUUCUCCUGCAAACCUCCCCUGGUGGAAUACAACUCAAGCAAAGCAAAACACCUUACUCAUUUUCUCAGCUUGGGACAUGUCGGAUUCUCUUAUUCCACAUGACUGGCCAUGCUCACUUCAUUCAUCAGUGUCUGCAGACCUUUUCUUGUUUUCACUUGAAUAUAGAGACUGUUCUGGACAAAACGUUGUCGAUAAACCUCUAACUGUUGACGCUUGUGGAGUUUGCAAUGGGGAUAAUAUGUCUUGUCAGAAUUUGGUGUGUAAUGGUGGCAACUCUUGUGACGUAUGUGGAACAAACGUUUCUGGGAUUUCCAAUCAAAGAGACUGUGCUGGAUCUUGUGAACAAGAAAACGCUCUACUUACCUUUGGCGACCAUGAAGUUUGUAUUUUGUUUAAUAUUGUUCUUCAACAACUGGAAAAUAUCGUUCAUCUUCUGAAUAUCGUUAUAUUUGAAGCUUCAGAACUAAGAGUUUAUGACUGUACUUCUAUCCGUUUUCACUCAUAUGCAAUCAUCCCAACCUCUUCAAGAACUGUUCACAUCAAUAUUAGAUCUCUAGAAGAAUUAAACUACACGAUGUUGAAUUGUGAAGUAUUUGACAAGGAGAAUAAUUCUUACACUGAGAAUAUUUCUGUGAAGGAGCUUUGGUCUCAUCAAAGAGGUUCCUACUCCCGGAUAUUCUUUUACAAAUCAAAGCUUACAGUGAAAUAUCAUUUGCUGGAUUAUAUGUUCUUUUUGGUUUAUUGCGAGAUGAACAUAAAUUUAACAACAGGAAUUCAUCGGGUCACUGAUCAACAGCUUUUUGUCUGGGAUACCGAAAUGUUUGUGGUUACGAACAUAACACCAUCUACAAUAAACAUCAAUGAAAAUGUGAAGGUGACAGUGGAAAUGCUGAAUAAAACAACGUCAGGAUUAUGGUGUUUCUUUGGCACUGUUCAAAAGAUGACCAUAGUUUCGAAGGCGAUUAUUCUGGGGCCAUAUUCAGUUCAAUGUGACCUUCCUAGCAUCUCAACACACAAUGUCUAUCAGUUAAUGAUAAUUCCUGAAUCAAAGAUUGUGAAUAAUUCAACACGAAUAUCAAUGUUUGUACCUAAUAAACAAGCACACAUAAAAACCAACAUUCCAGUAUCACUGGCACUUGAAGCUGGGAUUACAGAAGAACUGAAUGAAAUUAAGAUAACGUUUGAUAUUAAUCUCUACUUUAAUUACAACCCACAUCACUAUCACGAGAGGGGCGAAGAAAAGUUAAAGCUUCUGACCAACUCCGAGUCAUCUUGCAGGAUGUUUGGAAACUUUAUAUUUAUAUCUCUCCCAUCUGCUUUUAACUACACAUCCAAUAUGAAAAUAGAGUUUGUUGAAAGCCAUUUCGAAUAUGCUCCUAAGGGAGUCGUUCAUGUGAAGCUACCUCAUCAAACGGUUAAACCAAUACUACAUGUAGAAGGGCCAGAAAAAGUAUGCUCUGGUAUGCUACAAAUACACAUAUCAGAAGUAGUAGGAGGAGGUGUAUUUGGACUAAACUAUACGUGGUCAAUAACGCCCGACCUCAAAGUGAAUUUAGCAACCAUUUUUGACUUCCUGGAAAAUACAACCUCACUGCUGGAAAUUCCUGUUGAAAAGCUUGAACCAGGAGUGACCUAUAUAUUCUCUGUGUACGGUGAGAACAUUAUGGGCGUCAAGAGCGACACCUACUUCCACAGCGUAGUUCGGAUAAAUGACCAGAAGUUGACUGUAACAAUAGCUGGUCCUGAUGAAGUCAGUAUAUGGGCCGAGAACACAUUAGUUGCAGAAGUUGCGUGGUGUAGCAACGUUAGUCACCAAAUCUAUUCUCUAACUUAUUACUGGAGCGUGAACAGCAGCGAUUUUCAUCUUCCACAAGAAUGGGGGCCAGUACUCAGAAUCUCCAAAUAUAUGAAAGGCCAAAGAACUUACAAAUUUACAGUAACAGUAAUUGACGUAAUAAGCCUGGAAGUGCUCAGCCAAGCAACACACAUUGUCAGAACAAAAGAAAUCCCUCUGGUGGUCAGCACAGGGGUUUCAUCUUUAGUUGUGUUAUAUAAUCAAUCCUUCUGCCUCAAUGGGUCACGUUCUUAUGACCCAAGCAAAGAGCAAGAACCCAUGUAUUAUAGAUGGAUGUGUUCCCUUAGCAACGGAUUGGCGUGUUAUAUCACACAGAAAGAAGGGAGUAUGUUGAGACUAGAACAAACCCUUGGAGACAUUUUCUCUUCUGUACUCUGUAUUGAUGGAGGGGUCCUUUUACCAGAAGAGUGA